GGCGGCCUCUCUCCGCCCUCUCUCCCGCCCUCCACCCCCCUGGCCCCGCCACCUGUCCUGCGACAGAAGCGGCGGUGCCGGAGCGGGGAGCGGAGCGCGCCGGAGCCUGGGCUGGGGCGUGUCUCCCCAGGAGCAAUCAGACUUCGCCCCAACCUCCUUCCCCGCCCGCGGGAUGCUCAGCGCCAGUCUUUGAACUCUCCGGCCACGCCCCGAGCGCCAGGGCCACGCCCCCGACCCGACAGGCCACGCCCCGAGCGCGCCCUGGCCACGCCCACCCCCGCUGGAAUCCAAAGCGGCCAUGGGGAAGCCCAGCAGCCCCGAGGAGGGGACCCCAGCCUCGCCGCCCGCCCCGGAAUGCGACCCCCAAGCCUUUCCCCGAGAAGCCGCUCCACCCCAGGGACUUUCCGAGGAGCCCCAAGUGCAAGAGGCGCCCGCGCUCCCCGCGGAGCUCCCGAGCGGCCCGGGAGCCAAGCAGCAAGCCGAGGAAGAGGAAGAAGUCGGGGAAGGCAGCAGCACCGAGAGCUGCCGGGAGGAGCUGGAGGCGGCGGCGCCCGCCCUGGCCACGCCCCCCGCACGCAUCCCCGUGGAGGACGGGGUGCGGGGGGCGGCGCGGCGGCUGCGGGCGCAGCAGCUGGAGGCGCUGACCCGCGUGGCCCUGAUGGAGCAGCGGGUCAAGGAGCUGCAGCGCCAGAGGAAGGAGCUGCGCAUCGAGAUGGAGGUGGAGGUGGCCCUGCUUCGGGGUGAGCUGGCCGGGGAGCGCGUGGCGGCCCGGCGGGAGGAGGAGCAGCUUCGGGAGCUGCUGGACCGGCAGGCGGACGCCGCGAAGGGCAGCCAGGAGCUGCGGGAGCAGGAGCAGAGGCGGCUGCACCAGGAGCGGCAGCGCGUGGAGCAUCUUCGCCAGAGACUCCGGGACGCCGAGGGGCAGCUGGAUUCCCAGCCCGAGGACCAGCGCGAGCGCUUUCUGCAUGGGGUGCAGGAGAUGAGGGAGCAGCUGGACGUGGCCCAGAGGGCCUAUGAGGACCUGGAGUUCCAGCAGCUGGAGCGGGAGAGCCGGCAGGAGGAGGAGGAUCGAGAUGGCCCUGGGGCCCCUACGCCAGACCCCAGGGUCCAGGAGCUCCAGGCUAGCGUGGCGCAACACAGGCGCCGCAUUCAGGUCCUAGAGGAGCAGCUCCGAUCACUGGGGGAGCAGAUGGCGGCUGAGAGCCGGGGGCUGAGCCGGAAGAAGGAGGAGGCCCUCCAGGCCCUGACCCAGGAGCGGAGUCGACUGUUGGAGCUCAGCAGCCUGCAGGAGACACCCGGGGGCGACUUCCCAGAGCCCAGCCAAGCCCUCACCAAGCUCCUGUUCACCCAGAAGACUGACCGCCAGUUGCUGGUGCUGCAGGACCCCGCCGCAGCCGCCGCUUCUGCCUCUUCCUGCCUCUUCUCCGUCCACAGCUCCCUGCAGGGCUCCAUUGGCCUCCAGAGGACUGGAAGUUUGCCCCGGAGAAGGGGCGAAAGGGUGAGCCAGAAGGGGUCUCCCCGACCUCUGUCUGUCCACUGUACAGGACCCCUGGAGGCCUCAGCCCUUGGCCCAGCUGUGGGGGGCUCAGGAAGACACCCGCUCUAUCAGCUGCUGAACUGUGGCCCUGGGAACAGCUAUGGAGCCCUGCACCCUGACAUUGCCCACAUGGAACGGUUACUGCAACAGGCUGUGGCAGAGAGAGAGCGGCUGCUCAAGGCCAGGGAAGGGACAAGGAGAGGCACAGAUGGACCCUCGGGCCCCGCGGUUCCUGCCAUCACGGCCCCGCCCCCGCCCCCACCACGCCCCCCUGGGCCUCGCGUCCUGGACCUCCGGCAGCACCUGGACCGCUGGGGUCACAACCCCGAAAGCUGCCCUCACGUGAGGGUGUCCGGGGGCUGCUGCCGUGGGCCUCUGGUGAAGAUGGGGGGCCGCAUCAAGACCUGGAGGAAGCGGUGGUUCUGCUUCGACCGCCAGGCCCGCCGCCUGGCCUACUAUGCCGACAAGGAGGAGACCAAGCUCAAAGGCGUCAUCUACUUCCAGGCCAUCGAAGAAGUCUACUAUGACCAUUUACGCUGUGCCUUCAAGAGCCCCAGUCCCCGCCUCACGUUCUGCGUGAAAACCUACGAACGCCUCUUUUACAUGGUGGCCCCGAGCCCGGAAGCCAUGCGCAUCUGGAUGGACGUCAUCGUGACAGCUGCGGACGAGAACCACGCCCCCUGACCGCUGGCCACGCCCCACGCGAGUCCCAAGACGCUGGCCCGCGCCCACUUCCGGUGAUCGCCUGGUCCCGCCCCCCGGAACUCUCGCGGGACGCCGGCCGGGGCUGCUGCUCAGCUGGCCUGAGCCGCGGUGGUCCGGGCGGCUGGUGGCUUCCUGCGUGGGGUUCCCGGUCCCCGGUCCCUGUCCGGGUCAGGGGAAGCUUGCGGGGAGCGGAUGCGACUAUUUAUUGGUGCUCCAGUGAUACCGAAUUAAACGUGAGGA